UUCUCCCAUGUUUACUAGCUCUGGAACACAGAAUAAUUUAUCGAAACCCUUCUUCCAAGAACCUCCAAAGCUACCACCCAACACGUUUCGUACUGACAAACUUUUGCAGAAGUUCCUUCUUUCAGUACUACCCAAGAAUAUUCAAAAAGAUAUUUUUGGGCACCUGGAUUAUGUCGGUGGCCAGGUUGCUUCAACUCUGUUGGAUUGGGCUGCAGAUUGUGAAGCCAACGAGCCUUUUCACGUUCCUUUUGAUGCUUGGGGAAAGAGAGUAGACAGACUGGUACUAUCGCAGAGCUGGAGCAAGCUUGAAGGUUUUGCAGCAGAAAAUGGCCUUGUGAGUAUUGCAUAUGAGAGAAAGUUUGGUUGUUACUCGAGAGUAUACCAAAUGGCUUUGCUGUAUUUGUUUGCUCCAAGUUCAGCUUUCGUAUCUUGUCCACUUGCAAUGACUGAUGGGGUUGCACGUGCUUUGGAGAUACACGGAGACAAGGAUCUAAAGGAGAGAGUUCUGCCUCAUCUUAUAUCACGAAAUCCUGGAGAGUUUUGGACCGCAGGUCAAUGGAUGACAGAGAAAACGGGUGGUUCUGAUGUCAGUCAAACUUCUACUGUGGCCAUUCCCGAUAUUGCUGAAGAGUCUGAGUUUGGCGCCACACAUAGUCUUUACGGUGUCAAAUGGUUCGCGUCUGCGAUUGACUCGAAUAUUGCUCUCACUCUUGCAAAAACGCAGGGUAAAGAAGACUUAGACACAAGAGAACUAUCUCUUUUCUAUGUAGAAUUCCGAAAGAAUAAGAAUGACUGUCUACAAAAAAUUGAGAUACUCCGCCUGAAGGAUAAACUUGGUACCAGAGCUUUGCCCACUGCUGAAAUCAAAUUGAAUGGAACGCCCGCCAGAUUAAUUGGAAGAGAAGGAAGAGGAGUAAGUAACAUUUCAGUAGUUUUAAAUAUCACCCGUAUUUAUAAUGCCGUGUGUUGUGUGGCGCAUAUGAGACGGAGUCUUGACCUUUUAGAAGAUUAUCUUAAAAAGAGGAGGUCGUUUGGGAAUGUCAUCUUUCAUCAUCCGUUGCAAUAUCGAGUUUUAAGGAAUCUAGAAAUCACGUACCAACGUUCAUUCCUGUUGACGUUCUUUGCAGCAUUUUUGUUGGGUAAAGAAGAAAAUGGUGAAGCUUCGGGAGAGGAGUGUAUGCUUCUAAGGAUGAUCACACCGCUCGUUAAACUUUAUACCGCAAAGCAAGUCAUUGUUGUUUCAAGUGAAGUUGUGGAAUCUUUUGGCGGAGCUGGUUAUAUUGAAAAUACGGGGAUACCUCGUUUACUUCGUGAUGCUCAAGUUUACGCCAUUUGGGAAGGGACGACGAACAUAAUGUGUUUAGACAUAUUGAGAGUGUUUGCGAAGUAUUCGUCAUCAAGAAGUGUCUUAUUGCGAAACUUGUCUGAAAAUGGCUCAAAGUUAUCCCUUGGCGAAACAUGGAAGAAGAAGUAUAAUGAAUUAGAGUACCUGUUGGAAUCCCAAGAUAUAACAAGUUCUUCAAUGCAAAGCAAAGGUAGAAGAAUAGCUUUUUUGAUGGCAUUUUUAUGGUCAGAAAUCUUGCUUGCAAAGUAUCAUAUGGAUGAUGGAAAUUCUAUCGGAAAAAUGUAGCGAGACUGAACCCUAGCACAGACACAUACUAUUUCGAGAUUCGAACAAUAUGAGUAGGAACUGAGUACACUAAUAUUGAGAUUCUACAACAGUGCUUUUAAAAUAGUAACUUUUGUUAUAGAUGAAACACACAACUCCGGACAUUACGCACACCUGCAUUAAAAAAUGAGGAAUUUUGGCG